UGGGCUGGGGGGAUUGCAUUGGGAAUUCUUGAAGGAAGCAUUAGGACGUUGCAGAUUGACCUUCCCCAUGGCACCCAAGAAAGCAAAGAAGAGAGCAGGCGGAGCCAACUCCAAUGUGUUCUCCAUGUUCGAACAGACCCAAAUCCAAGAAUUCAAGGAGGCAUUCACCAUCAUGGAUCAGAACCGUGAUGGGUUCAUUGACAAGGGGGAUCUGAGAGACACUUUCGCUGCCCUUGGUCGUGUGAACGUGAAAAAUGAAGAAAUCGAUGAAAUGUUAAAGGAGGCUCCAGGACCAAUUAACUUUACCGUAUUCCUGACCAUGUUUGGGGAGAAGCUCAAAGGUGCUGACCCGGAAGAGACCAUUCUCAAUGCAUUCAAGGUGUUUGAUCCUGAAGGCAAAGGAGUGCUGAAAUCAGACUACAUCCGGGAAAUGCUAAUGACUCAGGCAGAGCGUUUCUCCAAAGAAGAGGUUGAUCAGAUGUUUGCAGCUUUCCCUCCUGAUGUCACUGGAAACCUGGACUACAAAAACCUCGUGCAUAUCAUCACCCAUGGGGAGGAGAAAGAUUAGGGGCCUGGAUUCCCUUUAUGUGCCUAGCAGUCCUCAAUUGCAGAUGUCCACCCAUCAUAUCUCCCAUUAAAUGGAACCAUUAAAUAAAUGCCCAACCUGACUCAUACCCACCAUGUCUUUUCUCCAGUCCAACCCCCACCUGGCUUUCCUCUCAGGGCACAUCUGGCUUCUUUACAAACUCUGUGGUUCAUUCAGCAAGAAGAAAUCCAGACGGAGGUAGCGUUGCAAUAAAGGGUAUUUCUCUACUUAAA